AUGGCACAGCCGCCGCCCGCAGGCCAUGUCACCACAACAGUCCUGAUCAACAACAUCCACUGUGCCUCAUGCCUCUCCUACAUCCAGGAGGUCCUCAGUACAUUGCAGCCAGCGCCGCUAUCGACUACUGCGAACUAUGUAUCACACGAGCUUGUGAUCGUCCAUCUUCCCGAGCACUCUGCAGAUGACAUAUCUCGAGCUUUAUCAGAUGCAGCCUUCGAGGUCCAGCGUGUGCGGACCGAGGACGAAUUCGGCCAUCUUACCUACGAGCAAGAUGUGGUCCAGGUUCACCAAGAAUGGUUGGGACAGGCCGCGCAGACGCUGAGCGGACAAACAUCAACACUCUCAUGGCGGCAGACGACAGCACACCCGGGAUUUCUCGGCGAUGCCAACCAACGACUCAAUGAGAAGCAUAUGGAGUACUGUGUUACUUGUCAAAAGUCAAACGAGAAAGUCGAGAUAUCCGAGGACUUUGUAGUAGCUAUCCCUGAGGUCCAAAAGUUCACAGCCACCCUUAGCAUUGCCGGCAUGACUUGCGCAGCAUGCAUCCUCUCCAUCAACGAGGGAGUGCAGGAACUCGAAUUCUUGGAGGAUGUUAGUGUCAGUCUACUUACGAAUAGCGCAACCGUCGCCUUUACCGGUCCAAGAGAUAACAUCGAUCAGAUUGUUGAGAGAAUCGAGGACAGAGGAUACGGCUGUCACGUCGAGAGCAUUGUUGAGGUUGGUGGACUACAGGAAGGCGGCGACGAGCAAGCGGAGAGGACAGUCAUGAUCAGCAUAGCUGGCAUGUUCUGCGAUCACUGCCCACAACGGGUCCUCGAAGCUUUAUCAUCAUCUUUCCCGGGGCUUCUCACUGUCGACAAACCACCAUCGCACCAGGAUCCCAUCACGGUAGUCAUAUAUCAUCCUCAACACGGCAUCAUUACUAUCAGAGACAUACUGGCCACCAUUCACGGCGUUAGCGACCAAUUGAAGGCCACAAUAUACCAUCCUCCAACGAUCGAAGAGCGGUCCCGAGCUAUGCAGCUCCGCGAACGUCGUCGUCUACUCCUGCGGCUUCUCCUCAGCUCCAUCGUCGCUAUUCCAACCUUCCUCAUCGGCGUAGUCUGGAUGAGCCUAGUUCCCUCUACGAACCGCGUACGAAUAUUCUUCCAAGGAAAGAUGUGGGCCGGUGCUGACAGCCGUGCCGAGUGGGCGCUUUUCUUCCUUGCGACGCCUGUGAUGUUCCUCGCAGCCGAUGUCUUCCACAUCAGAGCGAUCAAGGAAAUCCAAGCAUUGUGGGGGCAGAAUAGCAAGGUCCCAAUUCUCCGAAGAUUCUACCAUUUUGGCAGCAUGAAUUUGCUCAUGUCGGCUGGUACAUCCGUGGCGUACUUCCCUUCGAUCGCUGUGCUUGCUCUGGAUUCGCGAAAGAGUGGAGAGCCCAACGGGAAGCUAUCGACGUACUUCGACGCAGUUGUGUUCUUGACGAUGUUCAUCCUUGCUGGCCGUUAUUUGGAAGCGUAUAGCAAAGCUAAGACUGGCGAUGCUGUCACGAUGCUUGGAAAGCUCAGAUCAACGGAAGCUCUGCUUGUGAGAUCCAACCCAGACUCGGAGGAUAGCCAGUUAUCUCUUCCCACGACCGACGUUGCGAAAAUUAAUGCCGACCUUCUUGAAGUCGGGGAUGUGGUUCGAGUUCUCCGUGGCGCGUCUCCACCGGCCGACGGCAUAGUCGUCUUGGGCGAGUCCACGUUUGACGAGAGCUCUUUGACCGGAGAGUCUCGCCCUAUCACCAAGAAUGCUGGCGAUCAAGUCUUUGCGGGAACAGUCAACACCGGUAGACCGAUCAGCGUCAGAGUCACCGAAAUCUCAGGCGCGUCAAUGCUUGAUCAAAUCAUCAAAGUUGUUCGUGAAGGCCAGACAAAACGAGCGCCGGUGGAGAGAUUUGCUGAUAUCUUGACGGGAUACUUCGUUCCUGUCAUCACCCUCAUUGCUAUAUUGACGUUUGUUAUCUGGUUUGGACUUGGCCAGGGCGGGGUACUGCCGGAGAGUUGGCGAGAUGUUGAUACCGGCGGCUGGGCAUUCUGGGCAUUGCAGUUUGCCAUUACAGUCUUUGUCGCCGCUUGCCCUUGCGGCAUUGCACUAGCGGCUCCAACAGCAUUAUUUGUAGGUUCUGGACUGGCGGCUCAGCACGGAAUAUUGGUUAAGGGGGGCGGAGAGGCGUUUCAAGAGGCUUCUGCUCUAGACGUGGUUGUCUUUGAUAAGACCGGCACGCUGACCGAGGGCGGAAACCCAAGUGUUACAAACCAUGAUAUCAUGGCUUCGAGUGAAGAGGAGACAAAGGUCAUCUGGGCAAUCGCGCAAGCGCUCGAAGAGUCCUCAAGUCACCCCAUAGCUAAAGCGAUUGCCGCGCUCUGUGCCGAACAAAACCGUGCUACCAUCAUCAACUCUACUAUCGAAGAACUACCCGGUCGCGGUCUCAAAGGCACAUUUACCAUCCACACGUCGACUAGCGACACUAGGUACGAAGCUGCCAUCGGCAGUGAAACUUUCAUCUCCUUCCUUGGCACUCCGAUAGACACUCGCUGGUCCAACACGGCGUCCGCAUGGAAAACCGCUGGGAAAAGCGUCGCUCUGCUGGCACUGCGUCCUCUGUCCCUCUCAGACGGGGCGGAGGCAGCUUUCAAACUUGCUGCACAGUUUGCUACCACAGACCCGCUCCGCCCUGAAGCUUCUUCCGUGCUUUCUGCUCUACACAAACAAGGGUUGAGCAUCUGGAUGAUCACAGGUGACAACGCUACAACCGCCACGGCCGUGGGGUAUCAACUUGGCCUCCCAGCUAGCAAUAUCAUUGCCGGCGUUCUUCCCUCGGAGAAGGCUGACAAGAUCCGCUGGCUACAAUCUUCCGCCCCUAAACGCAACGGCGAGACUGGGAGAGCGAUCGUGGCGAUGGUCGGAGAUGGCAUCAACGACUCUCCGGCCCUCACUGCUGCAGAUGCAGGGAUCGCUAUCGGCUCCGGCUCAGAUGUUGCUAUCUCAAGUGCCAAGUUCGUACUAGUGUCGUCAGACUUGCACUCCCUGUUGACUCUCAUCACGCUCUCGCGCACCGUUUUCCGGAGAGUCAAGUUCAACUUUGCGUGGGCAUUGGUGUACAACGUGGUGUUGAUGCCGAUCGCGGCAGGGGUGAUUUACCCAGUGCAUGGACACCCAAGACUGAACCCUGUGUGGGCGAGUUUGGCCAUGGCAAUGAGUUCUCUGAGCGUCAUCUGCUCGAGUUUGGUUAUGAGGACAGGCAUCCCGGUGGUCGGUUUUAGAGCGGUCAGGGAG